AAACUAGGCGGCAAAAGUACUUCCGGGAGGGCAAAUGUUGGCCCGGGCAAGAUGGCGGCCCCCUUGGAGCUCAGUUGCUGGGGAGGGGGCUGGGGGCUCCCAUCGAUACACAGUGAAUCCUUGGUGGUAAUGGCUUACGCCAAGUUUUCUGGUGCACCCUUGAAAGUCAAUGUCAUAGAUAACACCUGGAGAGGUUCAAGAGGAGAUGUACCAAUCUUGACAACUGAAGACAACAUUGUAUCUCAACCGGCAAAAAUACUAAACUUUUUAAGAAAACAGAAAUAUAAUGCUGAUUAUGAACUCUCAGCAAAACAAGGGGCAGAUACGCUGGCUUACAUUGCUCUCCUUGAAGAGAAGCUUCUUCCUGCAGUGCUUCAUACAUUCUGGGUUGAGAGUGAAAAUUACUUUUCUGUGACAAAGCCAUGGUUUGCUUCACGAAUUCCCUUUCCCUUGAGUUUGAUCCUUCCUGGAAGAAUGUCUAAGGGAGCAUUGACUAGGAUUCUCCUGACCAGGGGGCAGCCUCCUCUCUACCACCUGCGAGAAGUGGAAGCACAGAUCUACAGAGAUGCCAAGGAGUGCCUAAAUCUUCUGUCAAACAGAUUGGGGACAUCUCAGUUUUUCUUUGGAGAUACGCCUUCUACCUUGGAUGCCUAUGUGUUUGGUUUUCUUGCACCUCUGUAUAAAGUCCGCUUCCCUAAAGUUCAGUUACAAGAACAUUUGAAACAGCUCUCCAACCUGUGUCGCUUUUGUGAUGACAUCCUCAACAGUUAUUUUAGGCUCACUCUUGGAGGCAUUUCUCCUGCUGGACAAGAAACGGUAGAUGCAAAUCUGCAGAAACUCACACAGCUUGUAAAUAAGGAAUCCAACUUGAUUGAAAAGAUGGAUGACAAUCUUCGCCAAAGCCCGCAGCUCCCUCCUCGGAAACUGCCAACACUUAAACUGACUCCAGCAGAAGAAGAAAGCGACUCAUUACAACGGCUGUCCCCCUGACAGACACCGUGCUCCAUGUCCAGGGUCACGGACUGCUGCAGUGCUCUCUCACACCGAGUGUGUGAAGACAGAGAGAAAAUUCUGUUACUAAGUACAGGAAGACUCAAGCAAGACAAACUUUGUAUGAUAUCUAUUUUUUUAAAUUAGGAAGCUUGUAUUUUAGCUUGGCAAUGCACUUUAAAUUCCAUCAAAGUGAAUACUAAGUGAACUUGGGGAGAAAAAGAAAACACAUUGUACUGUAUAUAUGAAAAGAAAAACCUGCCUUAAUCGUGGCAGAUUUUUGCCUUCGGUUCACAUGUUGCUGACCAAAAGCUACAAUUCUGUUCUGAAUGUGCACUCUCACUUUAUUUAAGCUAAUUUAUAAAUUUAGUUUUCUUAGACCAAUAUGAGUAUCUAAUAUGUGGCUCUUGGGCUGAGGCCUUUUUCUUCUGUUUAGAAAUUUGAUGCCUACUUUAGACAUUAGGAAAAAUAUAUUAUCCUAAUAUUGUAUUUAUUUCCAUAGAAAAAGCCUGCAUUUAACUAUAAAAAGCAAUGAGGAAUGUGCUUUUAAAUUAUGCUCUCAUAAGACUAAUCUUUUGGGGGUUUAGUACCAUAUGUAAAUAUUAAAGGUAGUUACAUAUAAUAUUUAUCUGACUAUAUGCACUUCAGUAUUACAUAAGUAUUUGCUGAUAUGUUCAAUCUAGGUUAGUAAGGGCUCUUUUAGUUUGUUGGGUGAAUGUGCCCACUUCAGACCUAUGUAUUUGCAGUAUAUCUUUAACUCUGGUCAUCUCUUUCUUGGAUUGAUUCCAGGAGGACUGAAUGUGUUGGCAUCGUUGUUAUGCCAGGCUCUAAAGUCUUAUUGAAACCUGUUCUGUUUGUAGACACCACUCAGAAGGAACUCUCACCAGAGUCAUAGAAGUACCUACUGUGUGCUGGUCCAAGUUCAUCAUGCUUGGCUCAUACCAGUGUUCUUUCAUAAGAAGCCUAUCAUGUAGUCAAAAGUUUUAUGACAACUAUUUUUAUGUAGUUUAACUAUAGUUGAAGGAUCCAGUGGAAUAAUCGGGAAUAGCAGUACAUUUUUAAGAAUAUUUUCUACUUAUUGGUUGCUGAACUGUUAAAAGAUUUGCUGUGCAAGUAAUUUUACUUAUACUAAAAUCUUAUUUUAGCAGCUGAGGUGCUUCUGUUGUCCUAAAACCACUUCUGGGAUUUUUAAAAUAUAGGACCAUAUUUUUGAUUAGUGUCUUAAAGGAAUACUAUGGUGCUCAGCAAAUCUUAUCGCAUUUUGCAGAAACCCACACGCAAAGAAAACAGCUUUGUAGUCCAAACUCAUCCAGUUUGAGCUGAGUGGAGCUCUGCUGUGUUUGACCUGCAUCCUCUCAAUUUGUUUGGUAUUUGGGUAGCUAUUUAUAUAGGAGUUUUAAGUCCUUGUAAAUAUUUCUUCUUGAAAGUGAGAGGCAACGUGGUCUUCAAAAUCCUGUUUAUCUGUUUGGAUGCAUUUAGGGAGAGUAACUGUAAUUUCUGCAACAGGUGGGAGAGAGUGUGUGUGUGCGUUCCGUGUUAAUCUUCUGUUCGUUUCCAACAGUCUGAACUCCGUAUGAAUGUUGUGUAUUGAAAAUCAUGACCAGAGGAUUUUAUUGUCCUCUAUGGUUGAUGAUGUACAUUGGAGGUGGUUGGUUAGCACAUCAAUCAAACAUCUGUUUAUGCUUCAGCCAGGGUUAGUCAUUUUUAGUUAUGAUUUAUAUUAAAGCUUCCAAAAAGCUUUUGAAGUGGCUUAGAAUUGUCAAACACAUGUAAAACAGAACAAUUAAAGUUAGUUUUGGAGUGGUAGAGAGAGCUGUACCAACCCUUACAGAUUAUAAAAUUGAAUGGUAAUUCCAAGUCUCUCCGUAGGCAAAGUCAAAAGAUAAUGCUGGAUUAUGUAAAUUUUUAUGUCAAUAAAACUAGUAAUGUCCAUGAAUAAGAAAAGCGUGUUUUAGUUUCUAUAAGAAUGUGGGAGACUGUGCUCUUACAACACACAGACUUCAGCCAAGAAGCAUCCCAUACUGUUCCAUGUGUUGAAAGUCUAAUCACAGGCUCUGUUUUAAAACAGGUAUUUGUCUUUUUCUAGUAGAGAAGAUGACUGUAAAUAGGAUAUAUUUCCUUUUGGUCAUUCCUGCUUUGAACUGCGUUUAGACUUGUACCACAUAGGCCAUGGUGCUUCCAUAGCACUUUUCCUAAGAGGCAAAAUGUGGUUUAGACGUGUGAAAAUUUGUAUGUUGGCUUACUUAGCUGGGCUUUUUUGGUAUAAGUUCUAACUGAGCACAGACCACUGCAGAUAUGCGCUCUUGGGGAGGAACAACACUCCAAUCUGGACAGGGCUGGCGAUCAGCCUGUCGGGAUGUGCUUUGUAUGAAGUCUGAGUUUGUUGAGAUAAACGGUCCACAGUAUUAAACAAAAUGCUAUGAUCUACUUUCUUUUGGAAGUGAUGGUGGAGGCUAACAUAAAAGGGACUACAUGUUUAUCUUUGUUUGUGGCAUAGGAUUAGAAAACUGGUCAGAUAAUGCCCGUGUGAUAAAGAUCCUACAUCAGCCAUCAUCAGUCAGCCAUGAGACUGAUGACUCUCACAGCACUAAAGAAACUAAAGAACCGUGAGGAUGGUCAUUCCUUCACAGUGUUUCUUUACCCCUACAAAGGUAGGCCCUGACAAGUAAAAUAGAUGUCAAUUUAGGUACAUUUGUAUUAUUUUGGGGGUAUUAAAGGAUUAGAGAUUUUACAUUAAACCCAAAACAUUUUAAUUUCCAUUUGUAAUUUCUAUGCAUUCAAUAUUGCCAGAUAUGAGGGGGACCCAAAAAAAACCUCCAUGGAAUUUAUUGAUAAACUGUGUAUUUAUUCUUACAUGUUUAAACUUUAGUCACCUUCAAAUACUCUCCAUUUGAUGCAAUACACCUUUUGAGACUCUUUUUUCCACUGCUCAAAACAGUUUUGAACUCGUCAAUUUUGUUGCCUCUUAGUGCUUCUAUUGUUUUUUAUUUUACCUCUUCCAUAUUGGCAAACCAUUCCCUUGCAGGACUUUUUUCAUCUGGGAAAACAAAAAUAAAGUCUCUUGGGGUGAGAUUGGGUGAGGGCGGUUGGGGGGUUGGGGGUCUUGCCACUUUUGGUAAAAACUGCUGAACACCCUGCUGUGUGGGCAGGUGUGCUUCUAAAUCACCCAUCAUGAAAUGGGCAAACAUGCUGAAAGAAUCUUUGAAAAAAACUUACUGAAGCUGAACACAGCCUCUCACAACAAUGCCAGCUGGCACACUGAUACAGAUGGGUUCCUAGAACACCUAAUGGGGGAAGCCUGUAUUAUAAGGGGCCCACCCUCCAGAAGAUAAUUCUGGGUGCUUUUUUGGGUCACCCCUUGUAUGUAAACAUGAAGGAAUGGAAGAGCUUAUUUCAGUCAUAGCUAAAUUAUAAUUUUUAGAAGUCUGCAAAAAUGAAAAAAAAAACAUCAAAAGAGUCAGAAAUUGGUAAGGGUGAGAGUAUUUCAGAAAACCAAUUUUUUAAAAGGAGCCUCGUGAUAAAAGUUUGAAGUCAGUAGUAUGUUUUCUUAGGGCCUCUUCCAAGAAUACACAUUUCUGAAUUUUUGACAGUUUUUUCAUAAACUGUCAAAAAUGUUAAUUCUUUAAAACCAAAAUAUAAAUGCUUAAAUGCAAAGACAAAAAGCUGAAUGAUGGAUACACAGGAUUUCGCUGUAUUGUUUUGCAACUUGUGAAUCUAUAACUACUUUAAAAUAAAAGGGUUUUAAAAAGUAAAUUCAGUAGAGUAAAUAUAUCAUUAUCUACAUAAACUAUGAUUUAAAGUUUAAUGCUCCAAAGAUAGUAUCCAGUAUUCAAUUCCAGAUGAAUAAAUACAAAAUAUAAAUGAAAUAUAAUUUAUUUCAUAUUUGAGUUUAAAGAAACAAGCAACUCAGGUUUGCAACAAUUGCUGAUGAGAUCUCUUUUGCCUUACCAGGAAAAACAACAAAAACAAAAAACAACCUAGACCAGGAACUCCUUUUCCCUAGGAUAUAAAAAUACUCUACAAUUUUAUGUUUAUAAUGAUAUCUUUCUUUCUAGGGUACCUGGGCUUACUCUUAAGGGUAAAAUAGUUUGAAAAAACUUUCUGUGUCUCUAGGUGGUAGUCCUUGGCUUUUGCGUGGGUCCACACACGGGGGCCUCGCUUUAGUGGAGGUGCAGCCUGUCCGUGUGCUUUUGGUUUUAAACUCGCAGGGAUUUCGUAAUUGACUUUGUCUUGGUUUGGUUGUGUAUGUCUUUGAACUCCUAGCAGAGCCUCGGAUUAUGAUUGGGUUGUGAUGAUGGUCUUUUGUAUAUGUUGUUCGUGUUAAGAGUUUUAUCUUUUGCCUUUUUUCCUUGUUCAGCUCUGUGGAAUUUACAUUGACUUUUCAGUGUUUUCAUACUUCCUAAACAGAUCAUUAGGAAAUUUGUUGUUAGUUACCCGAAUUAAAGGUCAGUAAUCCUAUUAUCCUCACAGGUUUAAUUGAAGUUUCAUUAGAUCUUCAAAAGGCUGAUUUUCACUGAGCUGUUAAGAUGGAGUUUGUUUUUUUUAAGGGUAUGAAAAUAAUUCAGCCCAAAACUCUCUUGGGAGGAGUGUUUUCUAGGAGCCCAGGUUACCCGACCUAGAGUCAAAACUGUUGUGAUGGAGGUGGAGAAGCAGCCUCAGAAUCAAACACAUAGUGGCGAUUAUUUUUCCAGGUGAAGAGGCCAAUGACGAGAGUUAGCACUCUUGAACAAUGACUAUAAGAAAGGGUAACCUUGACUUGAACAUUUUUAAAUAGAGAGGGGAAUGGGGAUUUUUUUUAAUGAUAGAAGAAUAUUCAGAGAAAAACAAAGCAAUUUCUUUAUAAAAAUACAGGAAAAUAUGUCUUUUUAUAUCCUCAUUAUUAAUUUGAAAUUAUACUGUAAGAUUAAAAAAGAUCUUUUAGUUCAUUGGACAAGUAGUUCCUAAAGGUGUGUCUUGGCAGAAUAUAUUGUUACAUGAAUAGAGAGUCAAAUAGAUUUGGGAAGUGUUGGUUUAGACAGAAGUUACUGUAGGCUUUUCAGAACUUUGACAUGCUAAUGUGUGGUUUCAGUCUCCAAGCAGGACCUGUGUUUUAUAUACCAUUUCCCUAAUUUAUUUUUAUGUGGAUUUGUUUUUCACAUUUUUUAAAUUAUUGUUCAAGUACAGUUGUCUCCAUUUAUGUGGAUUUUUUAAAAGUAGGUGUCUUAUGAGAUUUGUGUUCUGUGAAAUACACCUAGGGAAAUGCUGCCCUAGAGUGUUUUUGCUUGUUUGUGCUCAUUGCAAAGACUUCUGGUUGGGUGCCUCAACGAGUGGCCAUGAACGGGAAGAAACAGGUCAGGACUCCCGGGGACCAUGGGGUUGUGAGAAGGGUGGCUGCGGUCUGCGAGGUUGGUGAGGUAGGCCCAUGCGAGGCCCCUGGUCAGUCCAGCCCCUUUCCCUAGAAUCCCAGGCAGUUUGGGAAUGGGUGGUUUCAGAGAACUACCCUAACCAGUUCACAGGCAUCUAGGAGAUAGAGGGAACAAACUCGGAAUUCCAGAACAAUCUUCUAAAUCAUUUUAGGCUGUCAAAAAGGCAAUGAAUAUUAUUUAUAGCACUAAAGUCAAAUAUAAGCUGGUCAUUUUGCGCGCAUGCACGCGCGCACACACACAUUGUGUCCUAGAAAGUUUAUAGGUGUUUCAGGAGCAAAGCAAAGGAAGGUUAGUAUUUUCAAGUUGUAUUCCAUUUCUGGAGGCAUAGUCUACAUAAGGACCAUGCAGUUUUUGUGUGCAUUUCGUAGCACGAGGGUUUGGAGUUUACAGUUUACAUUCCCAGCAGUUUCUAUAUCCCCCAAAUUUAAACUUUACUGGCCUCCAGAUUUCAGAGGACUAAGUAUGUUGGAUUUCAUUUCCAAGUAUGAAACCAGAUUACCAACCGGGCACUGGGGUGUGCUGGUGUGUCUUCUGCUGUGUAGACAGUUGCAGAUCCGGAACACCGAGCUUCGGACGUGCAUUUGAGGGAAGACUAGCCCUUGGGUUUGUGUUGCGUGAUGGUGAACAUCUUGUCACGUGAAAAGCAGUUGGACCUUUGUUGUGAUUCUUCCUCAUGCAAAUUCAGAGAAAUGCCUUUUGAUCAUUGGGUUUAUGUAUCCCAGAUCCUUGGAAGUCAGGAAGAAAGCGUUGCCAGAGUUUGCAUCAGUCCUUUGCAAGCCAUGCGCUAUAGAGAAGGCUGUGCUGGCCACACUUUUGCCGGACUGCCGGCUCUGUCUCCUGCAAGCUGGCGUUUGUGUUUCUUGGCAAAGGAAGGGUGCACUGAAGCUUUUAUGUUAAUUGCAUAAAGAUGAGUUUUAUUUAUUUAUUUUUACUUUAUGUCUUAUUUUGUAAAAUAGAAAAUAAUGUCUCUCCAUUUUUCUGUUUAUCUUGAAGUGGAAAUUUGAGGUAUUUAGAAUGUAACUUCAGCUUUCUGGAAGAUGGACAGCAAAGGAGAUAAAUAAGAAAUGUAUAUUUAUAUACAUAGUGGCUUUGUUCCACCAAGCCUAUCUUUGAAUGGUAAACAUUUUAAACAUCUGUUCUAGUGUACAAAUACUAUAGAUUUGUUAUAAACAAUCUUAAAAUAAGCAAUUUUGGUCAUAAUUUCAACAUUCUGGCAUUGUGUAGUAUGACUGUAUUUUACUGAGAGAUUGUGUAUAAAUACCCAGAAGUGGUGGUGAUGAUCAGUGUUAUAAAGAAUUUAUGCUGACAAAUGAAAAACUGGAUAUAAUGUCAAAAGAGCUGUUUUCACAAUAAAAUCUCAGAUCUCCUGGAUGUUUAUUAAA